AUGGUCGCACCUCUAUAUACAACAGACUCGGGAUUGCUCUUUCAUGCUGGAAAGAUCCUGAUAGUAACAGUGGGUUUGCCUGCCCGGGGCAAGACUCAUAUCUCUCGAUCAUUGGAAAGAUACCUACGAUGGAUGGGGGUCAAGACGCAGGUGGUUUCGUUGGGGGAUUACAGGCGGAAGACUCUUGGAGGCGCACAGAAGCUUCCCUCAGAUUAUUUCACCCUCGGGGAGAAGAGUCCGGAAACAAUGGCGCUGCGGCAGAAGAUUGCGCAGGGCUGCGAGCAACUUAUAUGGGACUUCUUCUCGGGUGGAGGGCAAGUCGUGAUCUACGAUGCUAACAACGGCACCCGGGCAGCGCGUCAGACCCUCGCAGAGAAGUUCGAUAAGCAGAACAUUCAUGUCAUUUUCCUUGAAUCGUUAUGCGAUAACAAGGAGAUCAUCGAGCAAAAUAUCCGAAGCGUGAAGAUCUCAUCUCCUGAUUAUCGAGGAUGGGAUCCGAACCAGGCUGUAGAGGACUACUUUGUUCGAAUUCGUGACCAUGAGAAGUACUACGAAACUGUAGAAGAAACCAACUGGCCAUUUAUUCGAAUUAUCAAUGUAGGAGAGAAGAUUAUGGUCAACGAUAUCCAUGGCUACCUGCAGUCGCGAAUUGUAUUCUUCCUGAUGAACAUCCAUAACAGGUUCAGGACAAUCUACUUUGCCCGAUCUGGCCAGUCGCUGAUCGAGAGAUCGUACAAAGCCGAUUCAGACCUGUCUGUUGCUGGCUGGGAAUAUGCGGAGCGUCUCAAGGAUUUCGUCAUUGAACGAAGGGCGAAAAGCCUCGCGGAGCGGGGUCUUGACCCUAAAGACCGUCGUUUGGUUAUAUGGACGUCCACUCGCCGCCGUGCACAUCACACUGCAUGGCCUUUCCUCGCUGCGUCUCAAGCACAGAAGCCUGAAUCCUCAGACACGCUGGCGCCGAAUCAGCCCACAACCCAACAGCAAACAAAGAAUGCUCCGUUGAACGUGAAGGUCGUCGAGAAGACGCAGAUGCUGGAAGUUAAUCCGGGUAUCUGGGAUGGCCUCACACCGGACGAAGCGAAGAAGUUUUAUCCAACCGACUGGAGCCUAUUCUGCAAAGAUCCGUAUACAUUCAGAGCACCCAGAGCCGAAAGUUAUCACGACCUUAGUGUACGCAUGGAGCCCGUGCUAAUUGAGCUAGAAAGGGAGAAAGAAGACCUUCUUAUCAUCGGCCACGCGUCUGUGAUCCGAUGUCUUUUGGCAUACUUGAUCGGUCUCCCAGCAUCAGAGAUACCGGCUAUCGAAAUCGCCAGAGGCGAUCUGCUGGAAGUCGUACCUGCCUCGUACGGCGUGUUGAGCCACGCUUAUCACUUCUGGGAUGGUCCCGGGCGAAAGGGUAGUGACGAAGCAGAUAAUUCCAGCAAAGACGAGAACAAUUUCUACGAGAACUACGCGGAGGAUACGAAGGGCAAGAAGGUAGUGAUCGAAGAGGCGAGUGGGUCUACUUCGGAGCCGGCGACUGUAUAA